GACUGGAUUCCUUAUACACUGAUUGUUAGAUCAGUUGACGGGCUAGAUGGUGAUCUAAAGACUUCACGAGAUGAGGACGAAAGGAUGACGUCACGCGUCUGGUUCCCACCUCCAAGACCUCCCCUUCAGAACUGAUUUCAUCACCUGGUCAGAGAAGGAAGCGUUAACCAUGGAGGGAUGGGUGAUCCAACUUCUGCUGCUUGCGUUACUUAGCUGGAUCGUCACAGAAUCAAGUCUAUUUUUUGCAGAUAUUCUGGAGUGUGAUGGUACCAGGAAAGGCUUUAAUUAUAAAGUAAAUACACAAUCAACAGUUUGUUGCAUUCUAGAAGAAGAAGAGUGUAAAAAGACAACAGAGAAUGAUCAGCUUUACUUUGAAUUGAAACCAGAAACAGAAGAAGUUCCCGAACCAAGCUGGUACAACCUCUCUCUUGGACCCUGUAGAACACAACUCACAGUAAACAGCACAGCUGCAGGCACUAUGGUCGUCAGUUGUUAUAAAAAUAAAUAUAAACUGGCUAGGGAAAAUAUGCAAUUUAUAGACAAACCAGCCAAGCCAGUUAUAUCAGACAUCAAAUACUAUGAAAACAAAUCAGUUGAGAUAUAUUUUCAAGUGAAAAAGAGUUCUCUAUUUGCUGAGAGUGAUGAGUUUAAUGUUUCUUUGGCUAGACAAGAACAUCAGAGUGAGAAGACCUACAAUGUUUGUUCAACCCAUUGUGAGGAAGCAUCAAGUGCUAACAACUUCACUUGCAAGUGUACGAUCAAAUUAAAAACCUUUCUCACUCAGGACAUCAGAAUUAUUAUCAAUGUUACCAGAGUAAUGGAGAGCAACAGUGUCAUAAAAUUUUACAAGCUAAGUAGACAUGUUGUCCCAGGUAAAAUUAGAUGGAUGAAAGUCACUAACAAUGCAAAGACCUGUGCUGUUUUGAGGUUUAAACUCUCUUGGAACCUGAGAACUCUGAUGGAAUAUAUGAAUCAGACUGGAAAGCCGUUGAACUAUAGUGUAGUUCUAGUGAAUAAUAAUGGGACUGAUAACAAGCUUACGUUUGUAACCCAGGCAGGAAAAAACCCAGAUCAGCUAGAUCAAGCUUCUGAUUAUGUUGAGUUAGAACAUUUGGAACCAUUCACCAACUACACUGUCACUGUUAUUGGUAUAGGUGGAGGAGGGGAGGGUGCAGCCACUUCCCUAAACUUUAUUACAAAAAAGUCAGUCGUUACUGGCGCAGUGCAGGAGCUUAGUGCCACCAUCACUAGAGCGACGUCUGCUACCAUCUCGUGGCGUAUGUCUCAUUAUUUAGCGGGCCUGAUGAAGUUCAUGGAAAAAAAUCCACUCGAGUACAGAAUGACUGUCAGUAAAACAGAUGGAGUACCUGAACCAUGGAACGUAACAGCAAAGAAAAUAAACUUGGAAUCCAGGUAUGUGUAUGUCGAGCUGGUCAACCUGACGUCAUACACCGGCUACACAGUGACCGUGUUUGGGAUCGCUUGCAGGGGACAGUGCGAGAGACAAGAGAUUGGUUUCAUGACGAACAAGUCGGUUCCAUCAUCUAGCCCAAACAUCGAGAAAUUCCGCUAUUCGCCGAUUAUCUCCCCCAAUGAAAGCCUUCUAAUUAUGUGGGAUCCUUUGCCAAGAGAUGCAAUGGGCGGCAGCAAUAUCUCCUACCAGGUGGAAGUGACCGUUGGUCAAGCAAAUUCUACAACACAUUCAGUCAAGAAACCUCACUUUGUUCAGAAGCUGACAUCUCUAUCUGAGCAGAUCACGUUCAAAGUUUGGUCGGUCAAUGAGCUUGGAAGGUCGGACAACUACUCGGAGCUUGUAUUACCAAAACCAAUCAAUUUAGAUUUCCUCAAAGAUGUAUCACUUGUUGGACCUGUAGAAAACGAUCAAGUGAUGGUGAAUAUAAAUCUGGAAGACAUAAAACAUAAACAAAUCAUUGCCGUGCAUUGGUGUGAAGAAGAAAAGGACCAAAUUUUUUUUCAGUACAACGUAUGUAAGGACCAGAUAUUCACACAUAAAGAAAAGUUCAACGAAAAUCAGGUAAAAGGGGGAUCCCUGUACAGCGUCACAGUGAAUCUACGUACGAACAGACAAGAGCAACCUGACAGCCGGACAUUCCAUCUAAUCAAGCACUACGAGUGCAAAUGUUGGAAGUGUGAUAAUCUGCCAGAAAGUGUUACUAACGCAACAAUUAACACAGCUGUAUCAGUAAUGCAUAUGAAUGGGAAAAGUAUCGGAAUUCAGACAAACAAAUGGAAAUUUUUUUAUUCUGCUGUGGCGGCUGCCGAUUGGAGUGGUAUAAUCCAAGAAAAAGAAGAGAAAACGACUGUCAAACCAGAUAUGCCAUCAGAUAUAGUCACUGUAGUCAUCGCAAGCGUCGUUCCUUCUACAAUAAUUGUGUUCAUUAUAAUCAUCUUUAUUUUCAUGAAAAAAUUUGUAAAACGGAAAAGGUAUUUUGCACCUCUCUUUCUAUCACCUCAAAUGGAACCAAUAAUUCAGAAAGCUCCUUCAGAGUUCCAUGAAAAUGGGGUUGUACACUCCCCCGAUGCUGGUGUGGACGCCAGGCUAGCUGAAUGGAAUGUAAUCCGCAAAACCACGGUCACAUCUAAAAAUGUCAUUAGAAUUCCGGCAGCCAGCAUGUCCGACAAAACGUCGGUGACUUCUGCACUUGACAGUACCUCCGGUGUCACAAUCUCGACUACCUACAGUCAAUACAGCACCACCACUAGAACCACAACCACAAGCUUACAAUCAGACAGCAGAGCUGGAUACUUUGAAGGGAGCUGCGGCAGUGAUGCGGUGCAGACACGGCUGUUGGCUGCUCUCGGUUUAACCCAUGUACCCGUGGGUACGUCCGGCAACUAUGACACAACACAGUAGAUGCCUUACCACCUUGAACUCUGGCUACGUCUGGCAACUAUGACACGACACAGUUACCCACCACCAUGUACCCGUCGGUAUGUCCGGCAACUAUGACUAGACACAGUAGAUGCCUUACCACCUUGUACCCCUGGUUACGGCUGGCAAUUAUGACUCAACUCAGCAAGUUUCUUACCAAGACAGGGUGUGGUGAGUAUCAAUCGAACAACAAAAAGCAAGAUCGAACGGUUACACGCUGCCUUUAACUGUCGCAGAAUCGAGCUUGGUACCCAUCACAGCUGGGUACACGCGGGAGAGUCCUACAGAAAAGUCUGUAAGCCGAGAAUAUCAAGCCAAUAACCGUGCACACAAGCAUAGAACAAACCACACAAACUUUUAUUUGCCAAGAACACAGAAUUGAUUAACGUUACUUCACUUGCGUCAUGGAUCUUAUUGUGAAGUAGAAUUGUUUUAUUUUUCAAUCUCCUAGGCAGGCUGUUUAUUUCUUUUAGAAAUCGCUUUAAUUGCAUUUUUUUCUAUGUUGUUUAUUUAAAUAAACUACUUAUUUGCCCAUGUAUGGGAUCGCGGUAGAGCGCUAGGCUGCUAACUCGAAAGUCUCGAGUUCGAAUCCAGGUUCAAGUCAGUAUAAAUAUGAGUUUACCCGACUCACAUAGAGGAAAGUAAAGGCGGCUGUGCAUAGUGCUCUCUGUCUGCAAAAUAUUUUCGCAGGAUAUCACAUCAUAUUUACAUCUUAGUCUGCUAGUUAGUGAGUUACUGAUUCCCUGAUUAUGUUUAAAGAGUCUGUAUUUUAGCCCGUACUUCUUGUAUGCUUCAGCUAUACAUUGUCAUGUUUAUUAAGGAGGUUUCCUGUGUCUAAAACGGUUUAUUGUACAUUUGUGUUGUUUGUUUUGAUUCAAUUAAUAAAGCUUGAUAAAAGUUUCACCUGCGCGUUUUUACAAUUAAAA